AUGUGUGAGCAUGCCAUGUGUGAGCGUGCCAUGUGUGAGCAUGCAAUAAGUGAGCGUGCCAUGUGUGAGCGUGACAUAUGUGAGCAUGCCAUGUGUGAGCAUGCCAUGUGUGAGCAUGCCAUGUGUGUGCAUGCCAUGUAUGUGCGUGACAUAUGUGAGCAUGCAAUAAGUGAGCGUGCCAUGUGUGAGCGUGACAUAUGUGAGUGUGCAAUAAGUGAGCAUGCCAUGUGUGAGCAUGCCAUGUGUGUGCGUGCCAUGUGUGAGUGUGCAAUAUGUGAGUGUGCCAUGUGUGUGCGUGCCAUAUGUGAAUGUGCAAUUAGUGAGCGUGCCAUGUGUGAGCGUGACAUAUGUGAGCGUGCAAUAAGUGAGCGUGCCAUGUGUGAGCGUGACAUAUGUGAGCGUGCAAUAAGUAAGCGUGCCAUGUGGGAGCGUGCCAUGUGUAAGCGUGCAAUGUGUGAGCAUGACAUAUGUGAGCAUGCAAUAAGUGAGCGUGCCAUGUGUGAGCGUGACAUAUGUGAGCGUGCAAUAAGUAAGCGUGCCAUGUGUGAGCGUGACAUAUGUGAGCAUGCAAUAAGUGAGCGUGCCAUGUGUGAGUGUGACAUAUGUGAGCGUGCAAUAAGUAAGCGUGCCAUGUGUGAGCGUGCCAUGUGUGAGCGUGACAUAUGUGAGCGUGCAAUAAGUGAGCGUGCCAUGUGUGAGCGUGACAUAUGUGAGCGUGCAAUAAGUAAGCGUGCCAUGUGUGAGCGUGACAUAUGUGAGCGUGCAAUAAGUGAGCGUGCCAUGUGUGAGCGUGACAUAUGUGAGCAUGCAAUAAGGGAGCGUGCCAUGUGUGUGCGUGACAUAUGUGAGCAUGCAAUAAGGGAGCGUGCCAUGUGUGAGCGUGACAUAUGUGAGCGUGCAAUAAGUAAGCGUGCCAUGUGGGAGCGUGCCAUGUGUGAGCGUGCAAUGUGUGAGCAUGACAUAUGUGAGCGUGCAAUAAGUGAGCGUGCCAUGUGUGAGCGUGCAAUAAGGGAGCAUGCCAUGUGUGAGCGUGACAUAUGUGAGCAUGCCAUGUGUAGGCUGACCAUAUUUCCUUGA